UAUCGCUACACUCUUUUGUGUUAGACCGCGUUUUGCAUGGUUUUAAGUUACUAGUAGUUGGUAGCAACGUUAAAACAAGUUUGCUACUAACCAGGAAGACGGCUUGCUUCAGCAAAAAUGCCUUUUCAGUUGUGUAUUUCACAAAAUUGAGCGGAUUUGUAGCCAUGACUUUAUGUAACCCAGCCGCUUUGAUUCACCAAGCGUACAGGGGAAUGUACCUCAAAAUCUCCUUGUCUGGAGUUUUACGCGGUUUGAUCUGACGUGGAAGAACAAGGAUACAAAUCCCCUCUAGCUGCUGUGGAGCGGACGAUACCAGAUCUGGAAUAUUCUUCGCGAGUCCAGAGAAACAUCGACUUCUAUAGCUAGUUUUACGUGGGCGUAAACAUAAACAAGUGUUAAGAAACACCCGUCGCAGCUAGCAAUACCUGACGACUUUUGUAAAGCGACAACCAGUGGGUGCAACGAAAGAAGUCUUUUCCCGCAACAAGCCAGUGAGGUAAAAGAUGGUCUGACUUGAAACGCUAGGAGGUUACGUCAACGUCUUGGGUUGAACGGCCGCGCGCGGGUAUACGGUCUCUGCCAAGAAAGCCGACGCCUCGCACGUCUCAAGGAAGAGAGAAAGUCUAAACAAGAGGCGUGACCCGACGUCUCAGAUUUCGCCCGGUAGGGCAGGGUUACGACAGGUGUUGCAGGGACGGGGUCACUUUCUUCACUUUCGCACGGGGGACGUUUAGGUACGUGCACGUACGGGCAGACACCGCUGUGAAUCACAGGCCGUCUCGGGCACCAAGCACCAUGUAACCGCUCGCACUGGAUAGAGUUGUAAGCCACACUGGAACGGUCUUUUUUUACAUUGUACAGUCGGCAAAGCUCUACGCUCUGUGUUAGCCUGGAACAAGGGAUGGGGAAGACUUACGACCACCGUACAAGUUGAUCUGAGCUUCUACACGAUCUUACGACAAAACUACGACCGUCGGACAUGAAGCUUUCCAAGAGAAACCUGUUGGUAGACAUAGCGGUGGUGUUGCUAGUGUUAGUACUGACAUUUCGUGAGACAAGUACUCUUGGAAUCAAACUGCAAAACAACAAGUACACUGGACUUGUCAUCGCCAUACACAGGAGUAUCCCUCAAGAUGACGGACUCAUACAAGCUAUCAAGGACGCUUUUACCAGCGCUUCUCGGGCGCUCUGUCAAGCCACGAAGAACCGGGCGUACUUCGCCAACAUCACGAUCCUCCUCCCGAAGACGUGGAACGAGACAAACUACCCCCCUGCCACCGACGAAUCCUUCUCUAGAGCGGCCGUGAGAGUCGACAAGCCCAGCCCCGUGUACGGCAACACUCCGUACGUCAAGCGGGCCGAGGGAUGCGGCAAGCCGGGAGAGUAUCUGCACCUCACGGCGGGCUUUCUAACGGACCCCAACGUAAACACAACCUAUGGACCAAUAGGUCGCGUACUGGUUCACGAAUGGGGCCACUUGCGGUGGGGACUUUUCGACGAAUACGCCUCGGAAGACGCUAACGCCUUCUACAUUCACGAGAACGGGGAGGUUCAAGCCACGAGAUGCUCCCUGGCGAUCCGAGGCGCGUACAGACACAAGGACACCCGGGAGGAGUGUCGGCGGGACCCGACAACAGCCCUGUACGAGGCCGGGUGCAGGUUUGAAGUAGACAGGAAUUCAACGGACGCUACAGGGUCCAUCAUGUAUGCACCGUACCUGGAUACAGUGUUCGAGUUCUGCCAUGGGAACGAGUCCGGUGACCCCCUGUCCUACCAUAACAGCCAGGCCCCCAGCCCCCAGAACCUACAGUGUGGGGGACGCAGCGCCUGGGACGUCAUGUUAGAACAUCCGGACUUUGCCGGGGGCGCGAACCGGCCCGACUUGUCUCCGUACGCCGAGCCGAACUUCAGGGUGGUGCGGAGUACGGAUAGGAGGGUGGUCCUGGUGUUGGACGUGUCCGGUAGCAUGACUGGACAAGGCCGAAUGGAGCGACUUCGCCGUUCCGUGUCCACCUACAUCCUCUCCACCAUAGAGGACGGUGCCUGGCUGGGGAUAGUGACGUUCAGGGGGACGAGUCAUAAGAUAUGCGACCUGGAGCAGCUGAACGGUGACUCCGUGAGGGAGGAAAUACUGAACAUGACUCUAGAUGGGUUAACGAACCGCACGGGGAAAGUGGGCACGAACAUCACACGAGCAGUGACGCUGGCUGUCCAGAUCCUCGGCCCGGCGGUGCAGGACCGUAAGCUGGGAGACAGUACAGGUCCCCGGCAGAUGAUCCUGAUCACAGACGGCAGAGACAGGCGCCUCAACAACUCCGUCAUCUUCAUGCUACAAAACGACACGGCUAAAGGCGUGGUUAUAGACACAAUAGCGCUGGGAGAUGGUGCAGAGGAGGGGCUACCGCUGUUGUCCGAGGUCACGGGAGGACAGUUUUUCUUCUCCCCUGACAGCGACGCUGGAGGUUCGGCACUGGACGACGCUCUCACGGCGACAGUGCUGAAGUAUGUGGACGACGACAGCACAAGUGUCCCUGUUUCGCUUGCGACCUUCUCGCACAGCCUCGGAGCAGGGGAAACGUUACACGAACACAUCUACAUCGACUCUUCAGUCGGCGACAAGACGGAGUUCCGCCUGGCGUGUCAGGACUGUGCACGUCUGAACACAUCGAUCAUUGAUCCGGAUGACGUCACGUACAGCAGUGCCGAUUUCUCUUUCAGUGACAAGGAGGGGACCAUGCAACUCCGGAUUGAAGGGAAAGCUAAGGCUGGAAGAUGGCGUAUCUCAAUCCAAAAUAAAGCCACGCGGUCAAAACGGGAUACUACCACCCAGUCCAUUCAGAUCGACGUUACCUCUAAACCUGACGACCCUGACAACCCAACCAUCACCCUGACGUGUCACCUUAGCAACCAUCACGUGAUCCUGGGAGAGUCGCCUGACGUCAUUGCCGUUCGAGCGGACCUCAGGAAGGGGUACACGCCGGUUCUGUCGGCUAGGGUCGCGGCGAUUGUAGAGUCAACGUCCGGGAACGCGACGAAUAUCCCCCUCCUUGACAACGGUGUAGGUGCGGACGUUUCCGAGGGAGACGGAGUCUACUCUGCUUACCUUCUGGUCAACCAACUGGAAGCCAGGGCGGGUAAAUCCAACCGUUACACUGUGUCAAUACAGGCAGACAACGAGGACAACAACGCCGUCAUUCUCUCACAAGGAACAGGGGCAAUGCCGAGGGCGCCGUUAGUAAAUCCAGAUGAUGUAGAGGUUGAGAUCGUUCAGGUAUCACUAGAGCAGUUCCAACGGAAGACGUCAGGCGGCGCUAUUGUCAUCGAAGUCCCGCAGACGUACGUGCAGGCUGACCACCUUGACGUCAACCCCUCUGCCAUCACCGACUUACGCGUGAGUUCUGUGUCGAAUCAAGACAAGACGAUCACUUUAUCCUGGACAGCGGUCGGCGACGACUAUACCUACGGCACAGCGUCUUACUACGACAUCCGAAUGAGUGACUCCUUGUCCGGCAUCUUGAGCAACUUAGAAGAUGCUUCAAGAAUCCUCCAAGAAAACGUGAAGACAGGUAACCUCUCGGCUCCUCGCGAAGCUGGCCAGAAGGAAACCUUCACCAUAUCCCUCCCUGACGUCACAGAAAACGCAACUUUAUACAUCUCAGUUCGCGCCAUUGACGUCAACGGGAAUGCCGGCAGCCCGUCCAGGCCGGUUGUUGUCUCCCUGAUUUACAUACCACCAUUGGAACCCUCCACAGCGGCGCCAGACGAUUGGCCAACAGGGUUGCCGUUGCCAGCUACCGUUUCCUCUAGUCCAGUAGAAGCAACCGUUUCAGCCACCUACUUGGCUGCUGGAGUUGCAGCAGGAACUUUGGUUGUCUUAAGCGUCGUCAUCGUCUUAAAGUCUAUCGCGAAGAGGUAUCAAGCAAGCAAAGGAAAGUCUCAGAAAUUCGUGCCAGACGACAGAAGCAGGAGGUACAUCGUGGGCGACAAUGGGCACGUCAAUGGAGGAUUCGCCAUGCUGAACUUCGACUUGAACUAUGACACGAUCUACAUGGAAAAUGACGUCGACAGUUGGAUCCCUAGAGUAAGGGGGAUGGACGACGGAGCAAUGGAGACGAAUCAUGCAGUUUUAAGAGAUCCGAAAGAGGUCGUGGUGAAGUUUAAUCCGGUCUUUCACGAAAGCAUCGACGGUACAGAGAGCGUAGCCAGCGACAGGGACAUCUCGGAACUAGGCAGCGACACUGACAGUGCUGUCUACGGGAAAGAAACGUCGGGAGCGGCGUACACUCUAGCGCAGACACUCGCUAACAAGGUGCACCAGGUGUUCGGAAAACCGAGAAAGUUUAGCAUCACGAACAUAACAAGGCGGUUAAGCAGAGGAGGCGCAGAUUCCGAACGGGAAUCAAGACCUGUAAGCGGACGUAGAAUGAGAGAUUCGGUCCCAGAGGACAUCAAGUUCGACAGUAUCGUCGAAAUGAACUGGCAUGCUGGCAAAGACGUGGAAAGACCGAACCACCGUCGAACUAGUGUAGUACAAAAGUCGGACACAGACAGUGACUCCACAGAGAGCGACUCCUCUCGCCCCUUCCCAACCCGUUUUCCAUACAGAAAAGACUCCGUAUUAGGAACUAUCAUUCACAGAGGCGGCGGGGAAACCGCCCAAUCGGACAGCGAGACGCCGCAGAGUUCCGGAAGCGACACCGGAAGUGUCGUCAUCCACGAAGUCGAUAACGGCUCCCUCAGCGACGCCCUGGACUCGUGUAAAACCACUCCCAUCAGGAGCUUCCUGUUUUCCUCCUUUGCGAACAGGUCCAACUUUUCCUGCAACCUAGUUUCAGAUGAUGACACCUCGUCCGUUGCGUCUUCCAUUGCUGAAUCGUACAAUGCGCAAUCGAUACGACUCAUAAUGAGAACGGACUCCAUCCAGAGACGGGGUAAACGCCCCAUCUUGAGAACAAGCCACAGGCGUGGAAGUGACGCCAGUACGAGCAGCAAGGACACGCAGAGUAGCAUGUCGUCGGUAAACACCGUUUCGUCGUCGCGGGAGUUUACUCGCCUCGCUAACAUUAUUAACAAACGGGUGACGUUUGCUGAUGAGAAGUAUGGACCGGGCGGGCUAGUCAUUUCACGCAUAUAAUCCAUGACCUACAAUUGUA